UCCUUCUUCGGCGCCGGUAGUUUAGCUUAUUUUCCGCUGACAGGAAGUGCUGGGUCUUUUCCGCAGACUCCAACAUGGCCCGAGGACCGAAGAAGCAUCUGAAGCGCGUCGCAGCUCCUAAACACUGGAUGCUGGACAAGCUCACUGGAGUCUUUGCUCCUCGUCCCUCCACCGGUCCCCACAAACUGAGGGAGUGCCUGCCCCUCAUCAUCUUCCUGAGGAACCGUCUCAAGUACGCUCUGACCGGAGAUGAGGUCAAGAAGAUCUGCAUGCAGAGGUUCAUCAAGAUCGAUGGCAAGGUCCGCACUGAUGUCACCUACCCCACUGGCUUCAUGGAUGUGGUCAGCAUUGAGAAGACGGGCGAGAACUUCAGACUGAUCUAUGAUGUCAAGGGUCGCUUUACAGUUCACCGCAUCACAAAUGAGGAGGCCAAGUACAAAUUGUGCAAGGUGAGGAAAAUCCUCAUCGGCACAAAGGGAAUCCCCCAUCUGGUGACCCAUGAUGCCCGCACCAUUCGUUACCCUGAUCCUAUGAUCAAGGUCAACGACACCGUCCGCAUUGACCUGGACACUGGCAAAAUUACAGAUUUCAUCAAGUUUGAGACAGGCAACAUGUGCAUGGUGACUGGAGGUGCUAACUUGGGGCGUAUUGGUGUGAUCACCAAUAGAGAGAAGCAUCCUGGCUCUUUUGAUGUGGUACAUGUUAAAGACAGCACUGGCAACAGCUUUGCCACCAGGCUCUCCAACAUUUUCGUCAUCGGCAAGGGCAACAAGCCAUGGGUGUCCCUGCCUCGUGGAAAGGGUAUCCGCCUGACCAUUGCUGAGGAGAGAGACAAGAGACUGGCUGCCAAACAGACCAGCAGCUAAGUCAACAGCCUAGCAAACACCUUGAUUUGAAAUAAAAAAAAUUAUUUACAACUACA